AUGGUAAUUGUUAAUGAACAAACACAACCACAGCCACAAAGUUAUCAUAUUCUUCGAGGUGAAAAAAGAUCUCCUAUCUGUUCACCUGUUACUUCUAGCCACCUCUCACGCUCACAAGCAGUCAAAGUAACAUGUAAUAAGAAUGAUGAUGUUAGUGGUACAAAUUUAUUUGUUCUUUCAAAGUCAACUACUAGUUCACGUUUUUCAUCAUCUAACUCUUCAUCUUCAUCAGCUAGUAGCUCAUCUCGUUCGUCAUCCAGUUCAAGUACGGUAUCGUUGUUAUCAUCAAGCUCAUCUUCUACAAGUUCAACUUCAUUAGUUACAGAAGAAUUAAGUAAAUUGAAAAUAAAUACUAACAACGAUUCUUCUUCUUCAAAAUCAACGACUGUAAUCCCUCUUACUCAGGAAAUAGAUCGUUUACCACAACCUGGAUUCUUCGAAGCUUAUAGAAGUAACAAAAAUGGUGUCAACUUAUGUCUUCAUGGUUAUACAUAUGAAUAUCUGAGAACUAUAAAAUACAAGAAAAUAAAAUGGAAAUGUAAAGACAUUCGAUAUGCAGCAAAAUGUGGAGCAAAAAUUUAUACAGGUUCAAAUGUGGGAACGGAUCAAAUGCCAGUAUAUGAAUAUAUUGGUUCAAAUAAUGUUUGCCACUCACAUGAUUCUGAUUUUGAUAAACAAAAAGUAGCAAUAUUUAACUAUCAGCUAAAAAAUACAGCUGAAUCAAAUAAGUCUAUUCCUCCUUCUAAAUUAGUUAAUCAACUGACAACCGAAAUCAAAUGA